GCGCUUGUGGUGUGUUAACGUUGUUGCGUGCAGCCGGCUUCAGCAGCUCAUCUCCGGGCCAAUUUUAUCCCACAAACUCUGCUAUUCAACAGCUCAUCACUUGUCAACAAUGGCAGAUGACGUGGAGAAGGCAACAAUGGCAGAUGACGUGGAGAAGGCCACAGCCAUUAUCGCCGCUUCCAACACCGAGCCGGCACCACCAAUAAUGCGCCCUCCAGUGAUCGUCAUACCAUACGUACGGUGGUAUCACACUAUCAAAUGGACCGUGUUCACCUGCCUUUCUUUCUUCGUGCUCUACCAAACGGAGUACGACCCGAAGGCUCCGGGUGUCUUCUGGAUAUUGAUGCUGUACGCGGUGGGAUCUUUUCUCACCACCAUGCUCGCGCUCUAUGUGGAUGUGAAGUCGUACCCCUACGCGGAUUCCGAGAAAGGGAACUAAGUAGUCUUCUCCAUAAGACGAAGACGU